UACUGCUCUCUACCGGCGCAAGGAACGUAUGACAGCAAAGAUGGCGGCGUCCAGGAGCAACGUGGAUGAAAUUCGUGAUCGAGUAAUAUUGGGUGAAUUUGGGGUGAAAAAUGUCCAUACUACAGAUUAUCCUGGAAAUUAUCCUGGUUACGAUGACACAUGGGACCUGGAAAAUUUUAAAAAGAACUUCAAGAUCGAUAUUAUUCAUUCGGAUGAAACCACGUUGGAGUUUGAUAUGAUUGGAAUAGAUGCUGCUAUAGCAAAUGCUUUUCGCCGUAUAUUACUUGCUGAGGUCCCAACAAUGGCAAUUGAAAAAGUGUUCAUUUACAAUAACACAUCCAUUAUUCAGGAUGAGAUUUUGGCCCAUAGACUUGGUCUAGUGCCCAUUAAAGCAGAUCCUCGUCUUUUUGAGUACAGAAAUGCAGAGGAUCAGGAGGGCACGGAAAUCGACACAAUUCAGCUUCAGCUAAAGGUAAAAUGCUCCCGAAAUCCUAGAGCACCUAAAGACUCUGCAGAUCCCAAGGAGUUAUAUCUCCAUCACAUGGUGUACUCGGGUGACAUUAAAUGGGUCCCUGUUGGAAACCAAGCCGAUGUGUUUGCAGAUGCCAAGAUUGGCCCUGUGCAUGAUGACAUUCUCCUGGCACAGCUCCGACCAGGACAUGAACUUGAUAUAGUCAUGCACUGUGUCAAAGGAAUAGGCAAGGAUCAUGCCAAGUUUUCUCCAGUGGCAACUGCAAGUUACAGACUUCUUCCUGAAAUAACAUUAUUAGAGACCAUUGAGGGGGAAAAGGCAGAGAGGUUAAAGGGUUGCUUCUCACCUGGAGUUAUUGAACUUGAAAAUGUUAAUGGAAAGCAAGUGGCUAAGGUUGUCAACAGUCGUUUGGACACAUGCAGCAGAGAAGUUCUCCGACACGACGACUUGAAGAACUUGGUGAAACUUGGAAGAGUGCGGGAUCAUUUUAUAUUCUCAGUUGAGUCCACAGGGAUACUGUCUCCUGAAGUCCUGGUUAGUGAGGCCAUUAAUGUUCUCAUUGCUAAGUGUCAGAAGUUUCUCACAGCACUUGAUGCAACAGACAUGGACUAAAUGGAGAAAAUUAAGGCCAGUCACAAUCUGCCUAAUACCUGGAAUUAAAAGGACCAUGUAUCAGUGGAGUGAAUGGUGUUAUUGGUUUCAUGAAUCUGUAUGUAGCUUUUGGUCUAAAGCUUUCCUUUGUGAUUUCACACCAAUUCCAUCACCAUAUGCACAACCAACAACUGAACUUUAGCAGCAGCACCAUUAAUUUUAGACCUUACAUUUGCAUCAGAAGAUCUUUAUUCAAUCUUAGGACAGUAAAUCUCUGAAGACUAUGCUUGGUGUCUAUGUUAAGUUUACUCUCUAAGCAAUGUAAUAGCAGAGGUGAACAGUAAAGUAUUUUUUACUCGAGUACAUUUUUAAUGUUUAUUAGGGUUUUUUCUUUUAAAAAUGUUUACUUGACUUAAUUCUAAAGCAUAAUGUCAUACUUUACUCAUUUGCAUUUUAUAUUAAGUUGUGUUUAAUAAUUUAUUGCAUUUAAAAAAUGUAGAACUUUCUUACUUUACUAAAUUACUUGCACAUUAAAUUAUUCAUAUCAAAUAAUAAAAAAAUAUCGAUACAGUAUUAUGCUUUGGAAUAUAGUGAAGUAAAAGUUUUCCCAAAGAAAAAACGAAUAAAGUGUACAGAAUUGAAAAAAUCUACCCAAGUUAAAUAAAAGUACUUUAUUGUCCACUUCUGUUAAAUAGUCAAUUUAUUAUGACUAUUACAAAUAUAAUGCUAUAUAUGGCAUUUGACCAGACAUGUAGUGACAUGUUUAUGUUUUUCCAUGUGUAUAAAAUCU